AGGGUACCUUACCAACCAACAUUAUCAAGGGGCAUUUCUUCCCCCAAACUCAGCCUUGACACGACUCACCAGUCUAAGUGUCGAGGGAUGGCACAAACAAUUCCAUGCCAAACCGCCGACAUCAUGGACAGAUCCUCGGUGCCCCGUGACGUAGACAUUCAGAACAUCGACGGCGUAGGUCUUGGUUCCUUUGCUCAAGUCGGUCUUCUGAAGAACUCAAAAUAUGUCAUUAAAAUCGCCUCAAACAAUGCGCACGAACACCACGAGCGAGAGAGAGCCGUUUACGAACGCCUCGGGUCUCACCCCAACAUCCUCCAAUUUUUUGGCGAAAUCUGCAUCCAUUCGAGCGAGCGAACUUUACAAGGACUGCUCCUUGAGUAUCACUCCAUGGGAACUCUCGAUAAGGUUCUCAUGUCGCGCGACUUCAUGCAUUCACGAUCAGGCUGGCCGAGACAAGUUGUCGAAGCAAUCCGGCACGUCCAUUCGCGCGGCGUCGUUCACGGGGAUGUGGGGUGUCACAACAUUCUUGUCAAGAGCGAUGGGACGUUGGUGCUGGCUGAUUUCGGCGGAUCGAGGAUCGACGGUUCUGGAUGUCUCGAGUUCCCACCGGCUCGCUACUCCAGACCGAAGACAGCUCACGAUCGCUUAGAGCCAACCGAGAAAGACGAUCUCUUCGCGCUCGGCACUGCCCUUUACGAAAUCAGUACCGGCCAACUACUUUACCAUGAUCUCGAUGAAGGCGAUAUCACAACCCGCUUCUCGGAACGAGAUUAUCCUGACAUGGCGCUUGUGCCACCGGCUCUUCAGCAGAUAAUCGUUCGCUGUUGGUCCGAGAAGUACACCAGCGCAGAUGAGGUCGCCCGCGAUCUUGAGCGCCUUGAAGCCUCGUCACGCUGCUUGCCGUCGGGCAUUUCCCUGGUCGCUCUAGGACUCAUUUCAGCCACCCUAGCCGCAAUAGUAGCUGUCAGGACGAGACGUUUAGACUUCCACAAUGUGCUCAGGGCAAUCGAUGCACUCCGUCCCUGGGGCCUGCGGCCCUGGAAGUAGCCGGCGAAAAGCGGCCGACAUCGAGUCCCGUCGCCGCCUCUCAGUCCCCGACUCCGUCUCUCGUGGCUGCUUUGCACUCGAUGCAACCCUAGCCCAAACGAUACUUGUACAGAUAUAGUCAAUCUUCCGCCAAAUACUCCCCAAGUCUCCAUGUCAGCCUUCCCGAGCAAAGGGGCGGUGGACGUCUCAAUCGCGCGAGCCCUGAGUGCUGCCAGGAGCUUCAAAGGAAGUCUUAGAACAGGGGGGAGGAGGAGAACUAAGGAGGCGAGGGCAAGAACGCCCCAGGAAGCAUUACGGAAAGCAUCGUGGUCAAGUAUGGUCGAGACGUAGAUGAAUGUCUGGGCCUGCAAGCACGAAUGGCCUUGAACGGGUGAUGGAGAAGGCGGGCAAGGGGAUGGGAACAGGGGCGAAGGAUGACCUCGGUGUGUCAUUGUAAGGGGUGACGACUGCACGGAAAAGAUGGGAGUGAGUAUGCCGAGCCAGGUCUGUCAAGGGCAGAUGGAUAUGCCAGGUCACACGGCCGGGCACUAAGUUGUUCCCAU